UAUAUUGUCUUUCAAUUGUCAGAACCUCGUCCAAUAAGACGAUAAAGUUCGGAUAACGGAGAUGACAGUGUUGUCGACCGUCAUGCUCGGCUUCAUGGGCCUAAUGAUCUUGUUGCACUUGAGCCAGACUCAAGCAGCAAGCGAAGAAGAUGAGGGAUCCAAUGACAAUAGUAAUAAGAAGGCCAAUUGGAACUGUUGUUUGGCGUGUCAAGACGCGCCUCAGGCAAUCCACCCCGAACCCACUAUUUUCCCGCCGGAAUGCUUUACAAAGUGCACUUACACUGUGACCAAGUACACGGCAGCCAUUUCCAAGAAAUGCAAGUGUUCUCCAGAGAAGGAGUCAGAUGCAGCCAAGAUGGCGGAUGAUGAUCAGCAGCAAGAAGAUGACCCGACUGCCAUGGAUCCUUUGGAAAUAUCUCCAGGGAGCUCCCAUUCUUCCUCGGAGCAUGAUUCGUCGCUCUCGGACUCAGAUACCAUGGCUCCGAGUAGCAUAACGGCGGACGAAGCAGGCAAUCGCGAACGGCGCAAUACGUCAUUAUUGUCGUCGGAUCCGAGUCCCAAAGAAGAAGUGGACUUGUCCGUGGAUUUGAUGCAUAGGAUGCGUCGGGGAUCCAAUAAGAAGACCAAUAACGAGGACUGUCCAGAAAACCCAUUCAAGAUCUGCAAAGUGAGACCCAAAACAGCAGAUUGCGAAGAGGAGGAAACCAAGGACCUGGUGCCCAACAAAUGCGUGGGUGCCUGUGGACGACUCGGACCUGGGUACCUCAGUGCCUACGGAGUAAAUACGAAAACCGAGUUCAGGAUCAUUUACAGAGCGAAAAAUCUGACCUACGAGGUGAUUUUUCCGUCGGAAAUCGUGGAUUGGGAAAACAUAGACUUCGACAAGUACGAGAAAAAGCGCGUCACGCAAAUAGUUCGCCAGCGGGGCGGCAUGGACGCCAUCAGGAAGUCGACGGCGUUCAACGGCUGCAAUUGCGACGCUGCUGCUAAUGGUGGCGGCGGUUCUUCUUCUGCUGCUGCUGCUGCUGGUGGCGGUGGUGCCGCCGAAUCCAGCAUGCUGAUGAGCGAUGAUCCAGCAGCGAAACAAUCGCCGCCGAAUACAAACAGAGAAAGGCGUCACUUAUCGUUAUUGGCUGACGUGAAACUUAAUCCGAAAAACAACGCAUUUCCGCCGUUGACAGUUUCUUGAUUUCUUUCUUUUAUAAGGCUCUAUAUAUAUGUGAAAAACGAAAUGAAUGCAUGUAAAUGUUUCCGA